AUGGCUGAAGCGCCGCCGAAACCGAUGGAGAGCCCGAACGUGGUUAGCAGCUUUCUUGGCAACAUGAUGUCGAUGGCUCGCGAGAAGAUGCUUGGCGAGUCUUGGUGGGUGCCGUCGUCCGAUUCGGAGGUUGUCGACGUGCCGGCUCGAGGUUUGAAGUCGUUGAGCGAAGAAAAGCAAUCCGACUUGUUCUCGAUCUUCGUUGAAACUAUGAAGACCGGAAGGCGCUACCAUCUGUUGCUGCGAUGGCAGAAUGGUCAACUGCUGUCCCUGCAGAGGUCCACUUCGUUAAAGACACUCGAGAACGCCUUUCACAGUCUUCUCCAGUAUUCAUCGCUCUUCAGUUUGACAGGCACGUCGCCAGGACUCAAACCAGACAAGCAAGAAUAUAAUAAAAAGGUUUUGUCGUCAUUGCUGACACAGGUGGAAACUCACAAGUUAUGGCAGCCGGUGCACAUCGCCGCGAAACUUGGCAUGUUGCCAUUCUUCGAACGCUUGGCCCUGUGCGAAAAUGAGCAAGAGUGUCGAGAAUGCAUGAACUCAGUAUGUCAACCGGAAGGCUGCUACCCGCUGCAUAUCGCCAUCGAAAACGAUCAUGUCGAUCUAGUCGUUUUCAUGGUCAAUAGCCUGCAUGCGUCCAUCUCGCAGACCGACAUCAAGGGCCAGAACGCGUUCCACUAUGCCGCCCGGUGCAGCUCGUCUGCCAUUCUUGUACGUAGCUCAUCGUAA